CUCGAGAGCUAUCAGUUCCUACCAGACUCUUGCUGGGGGUGCUGUCCACCCCAUGGCUGGGCGCAGAUCUUCAAACGUCUACCCCCUCCCAGGCAAUAGUAGUGGUGGCCUAGAAGGGCCAAUGCCCAUGCGAGUUGACACUCCAACCUGGUUUAGCAGUCAAGUAGCCACAGGCAGGUUAAUGGUGCGGCCAAGUAUCUGUCCAGGUCCUGAGGUAUGGGGAGUGCCUCUGGGUCCCUUGCCUUAUGAAUUCCGAGGCGGAAUAGCACCCUAUGUCGCUGGUGAGGUAAGGGCCUGGUCCCAGAAUUCCUCUGAAGACGCUUACCCAGGACCCUAUAUCGCCCUGAGAUAUAUGCCAAAUUUGGCACUCCCAGAGGACGUUUCGGCCAUACAGAAAGAGAUGGAGCAGCUGGCCAAGGAGCUGAGACAGAAGAGGAUGACUCUGGGGUACUCACAGGCCGAUGUGGGGUUUGCUGUAGGAGCUAUGUUUGGGAAGGUUCUCAGCCAGACGACCAUAUGCCGCUUCGAGGCCCAGCAGCUCAGCCUUGCCAACAUGUGGAAGCUGCGACCCCUGCUGAAAAUGUGGCUAGAGGAAGUAGAUGAGAAGAACCUUCUGGGCAUAUGCAGAAUGGAGAUGAUCCUGCAGCAGGCCCGGAAGCGGAGACGUGCUAGCAGAGAGAGACGCAUUGGGAGCAAUCUGGAAAAACUGUUCUUGCAGUGUCCAGAGCCGACGCCCCAGCAAAUCAGCUAUAUUGCUGGGCGCCUCCGGCUGCAGAAGGACCUUGUCCAAGUGUGGUUUUCUAACCGGAGCCAGAUGGGCAGUUGGCCAACCAGUGAUAGCUCCCGGAGGGAGAAUGUGGGGGCAAUUGGGCCUCCCUUCCCAGGGCCACCAGUGUGCUUUCCCCUGGCACCGGGGCUCCAUUUUGAUUUCCCCCACUAUGGGGGGUCAUGUCUUACACCCCUGUACUCCUCUCCUCCAUUUCCUGUUCGAGGAGCCAUUCUGUCUGCCCCACCCACCACUCUAGGCCUUCCCAGGCUGUCAAGCUGA